AUGGGUUUGGCAUCAUCGCCAAGUAGUCGCCUAAGCCCCAGUCGCCCGCGGAAACGCAAGUGUAACAGCUCGAGUCGUUGCAGCAGUAAGGAGAGUGCGUCGUCUCGUCCGCGGAGAGAGGAGGAGAGUUCUGCACGCCGCCUGAAGGAGCAACAACGCAGCCGCGACAAGAAGAGCUCAGUGAUGGCUGACCAGAAAGUCACGCUGCAGUGCCUCCAGAUCGUCAAGCGUGCGAAGAAGAAGCUGACCGGGAAAACCGAGGUUGCCAUGACGACCAACACCAAGAUCCCACCGAAGGUUAUUUUAUGCGAGAAGUUUCUUUUUCUUCCGUCGCCCUCGGUGAUCAGGAGAAGGGACUCGGAGGCUGACCUUAAGCAGAAGGAGCAGCAGGAGGAGGGCUUGUUAUCGAGCGAGACUUCUGGAAAGGAGGAGGAAGCAUCUGCCGGGAAGAAGAGCAAGAGAAAGAGUCAGAAGGAUCUCUCCUCGGGAGAAGCGGCCGAGGAAGAAGGUGCGAUGCCGAAGCCGAAAAGGAGGAAUAGGUCGCAAAAGAAACCACUCCAUCUGGGGGAGGGACUCACGAAGGAGGAGGGGAAAAAGGAGGAGGCGGCGGCGGCUGCGGAGGGACAGGCUCCGAAGCCGAAACGGAAAAGGAGGUUGUUUAGAGAACCCCUAUUUUUCGUUGAAGAGGAGGAGAAGGCGCGAGAGAAGAACAACACCAUCUCCACCGACAACGCCGCCGAGACGCUGCCAGAUGGCGCCACCGACAGCGACGCGGCGGAAGUCGACACGGCCACCAGGCCAAAAGAUAGCUCUCUGCUCAACAUGAAACUCGCAGAUGCGUUGAAGCCGCGUGCCAUCCAGGGCCAGAAGGGCGUCGGCAAGCGACGGCACUGUCGCAAGCCGCUGCUGCUGCCGCCAAAGAAACACAAGCUGCAGGGGGCGCCACCGGCGAGCAGGGAGGAUGCAGUGAGGUCGUUGACGCGCAUCGUGCUUGAGAGGAUGAGGUUCGACGCAGGGGAGGAGGCCGGGGAGGAGGCCGGGGAGGAGGGGAGGAGUCCAACGAAAGCCGAGUCUCAGGCGGUGGCAGUGGAACGCGAGGACGUGGGAGAGAACGUUGAGAUGAUGGGCAGCGGUGGCGCCCUCUUACGGAGGCGAAGACCGGUGCAGCCGCAGAACACGGUGGAGCACGAGGAGAAGAGUGAGAAGGAAGAUAUAGAGUUGUUUGACAGUGGUAGGCCUAGUGACAGCAAUGGAAGCGGUGCUGCCACAAGGAGGGUUCGUCGCACUGGAAAGCCGAGGCGCAGUCUACAGCUGAAGUUCAGUGCCCUCUAUGGGCUGGGAACCCAGACAGCAGUGCGCGAGGGGGACAGGAGAGUGAGAGAGGACGAUGGCGCAGCAGGGAAUAGUGAGAGAGUGGCGAUCGGGCCAGCAAUGCGUGUGAGAGUAAACGUCGAGGGAAAGGUUUUCCUUAUUCUGCUGCCGCGACACGAAGCAGAUGAGAGGAGGAUUAGUUGGUUAGCGGGCGAAUCAUCUCGGCGCUAUUACGUUGCUAAUGGUCAAUGGCCUCAGCUGACGCUCCACACUAAAGAUGGCGCUGUGAUCGUACCCAAUUACAAAGUCACCGAUCUGGUGACAAACAAUGAGGAGUUCGUAGCUAGUGUAAAAACAUGGGAGAUGCCUACUCUAACAGAAAGGUAUGCGUUUGCGUGUGAGGCGGCAAUGACCCCGCGGGACGAAAACAUAACAGGCGAGUUACGCAUGGCUGACUCCAUGCACUGCCUGCGCCUGAGCCACUUCGAUCUGCACCUCCAUCGGGCGCGGCCCCUGCUGCGCUCGCUACCGGGGCAGUGCACCCUCACCGUCCUCGAUCUGUCCGGUAACUUUCUCGGCGAUGAGGGAUGCAAGGAACUCGGUCCUGCCCUCCCCUCCCUCGUCGCCCUCUUAAAGCUCAACCUCUCCGUCAACAAAGUCACGCACUAUGGUCUGCACAUGCUGGUCAAGGGCGGCAGCGCGGGGCCGCCACGUCUGUCCGCGCUGCGCAGCCUCGAGCUCAGCGCCAACCCGCUCGGUUACGCGUGCGCGCGGCCGCUCGCUGCCGUGCUAGCUCACGCGCCGCGGCUCGCCUCGCUCGGGCUGCGCGGGUGCGACCUGACGGCGGCGGUCUUCCAGGAUGCGGCGCUCGCCGGCGCGCUCGCUGCGUUGGAGAGCCUCCGUUGCAUCGACGCGGCCUUGAAUGGGCUUGGCAUGAGCAGCGUGAGGCUGCUGCACGGGUCGGUGUGA